AUGACUUCAAAAACCUUCACUGGGAAAUUGAACGAGGAAGCGCCUCUGACCAUUUCAGAAUGGCGUGAACUACAAAAUACAGUUUCUGAGCCAAUACAUAUUUUGUCACUACUUAAGCGAGCACAACCGAACAUAUCAAAUGCGUGGAUCUCGUUGGCCACGCCGGAACAAGUCAUUACUCAAUGGGAAGAUAUCACAGCAUUUCGAGCCCAAGGACAAGAUCUUUCACUAUUCGGUGUACCAUUUGCUGCAAAGGAUAACAUUGAUGCUUCUGGGUUCUGUACAACGGCCGCAUGCCCAUCCUUUGGCACCGAGCCUGUCGCUACCGACUCAACAGUUGUACAAAGGUUGAAAUCACAAGGAGCAAUUAUGGUUGGCAAAACGAACCUUGACCAGUUCGCCACGGGACUUGUCGGUACGCGUUCCCCGUAUGGGGCCGUUGCCAACUCCUUCGAUCCAAGUCGGGUCAGUGGCGGUAGCAGCUCGGGGAGUAGCGUCGUCGUUGCUCAAGGCCUGGUCCCUUUCUCUCUUGGCACGGACACAGCAGGCUCAGGUCGUGUGCCGGCAGGUUUCAAUAAUCUGGUUGGGCUUAAACCCACGCGUGGGGCUUUGAGUACACAUGGCGUUGUACCAGCAUGUCGCUCACUUGAUUGUGUUUCUAUCUUCGCCCUGACUCUGGAAGAUGCCCAACUGGUCCUGAAACUGUCCGAGGGCUACGAUGUUCAAGAUGCAUACUCGAGAGAUCGUACAAGCUGUGCGACUGACAAAUCUCCUCGAGGAGUCCUGCCCUCUCAACCCAGAUUAGCUAUAUGUUCCAACCCUGAAUGGUUCGGCCAGGCCGAGCAGGCUGCUGCAUACCAAGUGGCAUUAGCCAAAGCCCAAAUGCUGGGGUGGACGCUCGAGCCUGUUGAAUUCACACCCCUCUUUUGUCUUGCCAGCCUCCUUUAUGAGGGCCCAUGGGUUGCCGAGCGAUAUGCUGCUAUCGACGAAUUUAUCCGCUCCGUGCCCGUUGAGGCUAUGGACCCAGUCGUUCGGAGUAUCGUCAUGAAAGCUGAGAAGUUUUCUGCAAUUGACCUUUUUACGUCCGAAUACCGUCGUAAGGAUCUAUCCCGUGAGAUCGAGGGAAUCUUCGGGCAAUAUGACGCGCUUCUAGUGCCCACUGCCCCCACGUUUCCUUUGAUGCAAGAUCUCAAAGAUGAGCCUGUCAAGGCAAACAGCCAACUUGGUACAUAUACCAACUUCGUGAAUUUCAUGGACUGGUCUGCUUUGGCAAUUCCUGCUGGUUGGAGAGAAGACGGUCUUCCUUUCGGUAUCACACUGAUUGGAGAAGCGUGGGAAGAGCCGCGAUUGUUGGCGCUUGCUCGCCGUUGGAUGGCCGAUGCGCCACGCUUGCUGGGAGCGACGGGCAUGAAACAUCAAGAAGUCUGCUUUGAGAGUACUGCAACCUUUGGUUCUAUGCAAUUGGCGGUGGUUGGUGCCCAUCUUUCUGGCUUUCCUCUGAAUAAGGAUUUGGUCUCGCGGGGCGCAACCUUGGUCACCGUUACAACCACAUCGCCGUGUUAUCAGCUAUUUGCACUACAGAAGACGAAUUCAAGUACAGCAUCCAAACCCGGUCUCAGAAGGGUUACUGAUUGUGGAGAGUCCAUUGAAGUAGAGGUCUGGAACAUGCCAGCCAACAAGAUGGGUAGCUUUCUCGGUACUGUUGCAGCCCCCUUGGGCAUCGGAUCGAUCGAGCUGAAAGACGGCCAAUGGGUUCACGGGUUCAUCUGCGAGCCAAUUGGUCUCGAGAAUGCAGAGGAUGUCACUAGUUUUGGUGGAUGGCGAGGGUACACUCAGUCGCUCCCCAGUUCCACUAAUGAAUCAUCCCGGGCUGCAUCUGCUACACCUGCUACACCUGCAACCAGCAUCGGUGAGAAGCGGAUCAAUACUGUUCUGGUGGCAAACCGUGGUGAGAUUGCACUGCGUAUCAUUCGAACUCUUCGCGCGAUGGGAAUUCUGUCUGUUGCUAUAUACUCAAGUGUCGAUGCACGGGCGCCGCACGUCACCCAAGCCAAUGUUGCACUUCCCCUGGUCGGGGACACAGUAUCUGACACCUAUUUGAACAGCAAGCAAAUCCUUGACUUGGCCUUCAAAGCAAAUGCUGAUGCUGUCAUUCCUGGAUAUGGCUUCCUUUCAGAGAAUGCUGAUUUUGCUGCCGCCGUUGAGGAUGCAGGUCUUGUAUGGGUUGGACCAACUCCACAGCAGAUGAGUGAUUUGGGCUUGAAACACCGUGCUCGUAAAAUUGCUCUUACAGCCGGGAUUCCUGUUGUUCCUGGAAGCAAGGGUCUGGUCACCAGCCUUGAAGAUGCCCUGGCAGAAGCAGACAAAAUCGGUUAUCCAGUGAUGGUCAAAAGCACUGCUGGUGGAGGUGGAAUUGGCCUUCAGAGAUGUGCCGAUAUUGAUGCACUCUGGGGGGCGUUUGACGGUGUCCGUCGAUUGGGACAGGCCAAUUUUGGAGAUGAUGGGGUUUUCAUCGAGCACUUCAUUGAUCGGGCACGGCACAUUGAGGUCCAAGUACUUGGUGAUGGGGCUGGCCGAGUCAUUUGUGCUGGUGAGCGUGAUUGUUCGCUACAGCGUCGAAACCAGAAAGUCGUGGAAGAAUCCCCCGCUGAAUUUGUCCCAGUCGAAGUCCGAACGGAUAUGCGCCGCGCUGCUGCUGCUUUGGUUGCUUCCUUGCAAUACCGCAAUGUUGGCACCGUUGAAUUUAUCUUUGACAUUGACACCGAAAAGUUUUACUUUCUGGAAAUGAACACGCGCCUGCAGGUCGAGCACCCGGUAACUGAGGCUGUGACAGGUCUUGAUCUUGUUGAGUGUAUGAUGCGCAUUGCCAUGGAUAAUUGUGCGAGUCUUUUCCCAAAAUCGAUAAAUGAGAGUCCUGUCUCCGGUGCGGCGGUUGAAGUUCGUGUCUAUGCUGAAAGCCCUCUUCAAGAAUUUCGACCUUCCCAGGGAAAGCUUUUGAACGUGGAGUUCCCAUCCGAUGUCCGUGUUGACACUUGGGUCAGUUCAGGCCAGGAGUUAUCGUCAUCUUUCGAUCCCAUGGUUGCAAAGAUCAUCGCACAUGGGGAUGACCGUUCUGCAGCUCUUCGAAAGCUCUCAGAAGCUCUAGCAAAUACAAUAAUCACAGGCGUUGAAACAAACCUGGGAUACCUGCAGCAAAUAAUUGAUUGGGAUGCAUUCAAUUCUGGGGCCUUCACGACAGGAUCCCUCAAUACCUUCCCAUACGAGGCUCAGGUCAUUGAGGUUAUCGAUGGUGGUUCCGACACAACUGUACAAGACUUCCCUGGCCGACAAGGCCUAUGGCAUAUCGGCGUUCCACCAUCUGGCCCAAUGGACUCCUACUCAUUUCGUAUUGCCAAUAAAAUAGUUGGUAACGAUGAACAUGCCGCAGGACUUGAGUGUUCAAUUCAAGGCCCUAUACUGCUCUUUCACUCCCCCACCACGGUGGCUGUCGUUGGUGCCAACGCUCCUAUCAUUGUGGACGAGGAGCAAAAAGAGCCUGGAAUGGCUAUCAGUGUUCAAGCUGGACAGAAAAUUUCCAUCGGGACAGCUACCAACGGCUCUCGGGUUUAUCUCGCUAUUCGAGGCGGCAUUCAGGUCCCUGAAGUUUUAGGCAGUCGUUCAACAUUUGCCAUAGGUCAUCUCGGAGGACACAAUGGACGAAGUCUAUGCAUCGGCGAUCUCCUUCCAUUGGCACGUGAUACUAAUGAAGAAGGUCCAUUGCUCAAGGCUCCAAUUAUUUCUCUGCCGUCAGUUGAGAACCGAGAAUGGGUCGUCGGUGCUAUCCCUGGGCCACACAGUAGUCCGACUCAUUUCACACAAGAUGGGCUUCGGGAACUAUUCAAUAACAAAUGGACCGUCCACUACAAUAGCAACCGCCUAGGCGUCCGUCUAACUGGGCCGCGUCCAGAGUGGACACGGCUUACCGGCGGUGACGCUGGUCUGCAUCCCUCUAACAUCCACGAUAGCCCUUAUUCGAUCGGAAACAUGAGCUUCACGGGUGACGAGGCAGUCGUUCUGACAGCGGACGGGCCAAGCCUGGGAGGAUUUGUCGCGCUUGCCACGAUCGCGGAGGCAGAGAUGUGGAAAUUUGGGCAGAUGCGACCUGGCGAUCAACUUUGGCUAAAGCCGAUUUGUCUUGAUGAUGCGCAGACGCUUGCAAGAGAUCUCAAUCAUUCGAUUGCUACUUUCAGCCCGCUACCCAAAGCACAUCCCCAGCAAACAAACUCUGCCGCUCCAAGCAGUGCGACCCUGAAAGAUAUCUGCGAAGCUGGUCGCUUCAUUAGAUGCAGUCAGGCGGGUGAUCGAGCCUUGUUACUUGACUUUGGUACCGAGGAUAAUUUCACGUUGCGGCAAACAUUCCACAUAAUGACCUUCAUUGAGAAGCAUCGGAUUUCUCCAAUUACAGGGGUGCAAGAGCUCACGCCGGGAGUCCGAAGCCUGCAUGUCCGCUUGGAAGUGAAUUUCUCAUUACCUCGAGUCCUUGAUGCACUGGUCGCACACGAGAUUUCUCUUGGAACAGAGCUUCCAUCUCGACUCCCCUCGAGGAUCGUCUCGCCAUAUCUACCCAGCAACAUUGAAUUCUUGCAGAAAUUGAACGGGUAUGACAGCCCUGAUCAGGUGGAAAUAAAUCUCUAUGAAGGCACAUUCCUUGUCUUGGGUCUUGGUGAUGUGUACCAAGGGUCUCCGUGUGCCAUUCCACUGGAUCCUCGUCAUCGGUUGUUUGGAACGAAGUACAACCCGUCCCGUUCAUUUACGCCUCGUGGUGCUGUCGGUAUUGCUGGUCAAUACCUAUGCAUUUAUGCGACCGACUCGCCCGGUGGAUAUCAGCUCGUAGGUCGCACUGUUCCUAUAUGGGAUGAGUUCCACAAGUCACAACUCGGGGAGAAGCCCCCGUGGAUGUUCUCAAUCCUGGAUCAGAUUCGCUUUUAUCCUGUUAGCGAGGAAGAACUUUCUGCAGCGGAAACAAACGAAACCUCCAGUGAUCUCAUCAAGAUUUCUGACACUGAGCUCGACCUGAUUGAAUAUGAGAAGUGGCUGGGGGAAAAGGAGGAGGACAUCACCGCUGUGCGGAAACAUCGAUCAAAGGCAGUCCACGAAGCUGAAUUUUUCGAUGAUCUACUCAAACCAUACGAUCCGAUCACAAUGCGGCCAAUUAGGGGACAGGAGAGUGAUGAAGCCAUGAUUGGAGAGCGGGUGAAGGCACUUUUACCUGGAAGAUGUUUCCGUUGCGCUGUCGAGGAAGGAGACCAAGUUCAAGCAGGGGACGCUCUGUUCUGGAUUGAAUCCAACAAAAUGGAAGUCAAGAUUUGUUCUCCAGUCAGUGGGAAAUGUGUGAGAGUGCUGAUCGAAGAGGGCGACAUUCUUGGGCCCAGUGACGAUGUUAUUAUUAUUCAGUAG